AAUUGAGCUAGUUGAAUAAAAUGUGAACAGAACAAACCGAGCAUAGGAUACAUAGAAUCGAAUGGUAAACCCCAGCCACGCCUCGCCCACUCUGCUCCGGUGGGUUCCAAGCUCCACCACCAACCCCUUCAAGCUCUUCAUUCAGUCCAGUAUAUGAUCAGAGUUAAUGGGCCAAUACUUGUGAGUUGCAAUGUUUCACAGACGAGUUCAAAGCAUUUCAUACCUGUUUGAGCUAGUAACCCAAAAAAACUCUUUACAAAAACUGACUGCUAGUGGUGAAAUCGAGCACUCUUAUGUUCGGUUCUCAACUGGGUCUACUCUUACUGAGGUGCCCCGAAAGCUUAAGAGGAACGAGAGAAAGCCAUUAGUUAAAACUUUUAAUGAACUCAAACGCGAGGCUAGAUUGAAGAGAAAAGAAAGAGAUGAUGUGAACGAGAUAAGCCUACAUCCUCCUCAUAACGGGUUGUUAGUUAAGGGUUUAAUCCCGGUUGCUCACAAAGUUUUGGCUGCUAGAUCCGAGCUAGUGUCAUGUGUUUCGAGGGUAGCCAGUAGCAUUGCUAUAUAUUCAUGCAGGUUGUGUGAAGAGGUUCAUGUUGGCCAUCCACCCCAUAAAAUUAGAACAUGUGAUGUUCCCGGUAGCUUAACAAACAAAGUGCAUACUUGGACAAGAGGGGGUGUAGAACAUGUAUUGCCCGUCGUUGAAUCUUUUCAUUUGUAUGACCGAAUAGGAAGAGCCGUUUCACAUAACGAACGGCUUGAAGUGGAUAGGAUCCCUGCAAUUGUUGAAUUGUGCAUUCAAGCUGGGGUGGACAUACCCGAGUACCCUACAAGGAGAAGAACCUGCCCUGUUUAUAGUGUUGCAGGUAGAAUUAUGGAUUUCGAGAAGAAGUUUCCUAAAGAAGAAUCUUUAGGAGAAGAUAUCUAUGCAUAUGGGUUCUGGGAAAAGAAAUCCUCAACACAUCAUAACAAGUCUAUAGAGUUCAAUUCUGACAACUUAAAUGCCAUUGCUACUCGAGGAAUGAAGGCGUGGGAGACAAUGCGGUAUGAAGGAUCGAAACUCAUGGAGAAGUAUGUUGCUCAAACUUGUGGAUACUGUUCAGAGGUUCAAGUUGGUCCUAAAGGUCAUCGAGUAAGGGAUUGUCAAGCUUUCAAGCACCAAAUGAGGGACGGGCAACACGCAUGGCAGGAGGCAACAAUCGAUGACAUAGUUCCUCCCGUGUAUGUCUGGCAUGUUAAGGACUUCGAAAGAGAAGAGCCGUUAGAACAUAGUUUGAGUAGGUACUAUGGUAAAUUACCAGCGGUGGUUGAGCUGUUUGCGCGUGUUGGUGCACGUGUGGGCGAGCAGUACUCGUCUUUGAUGAGGGAAGAUGUUGCAGUACCAGAAUUAGAUGAAUUAAAGUUGGUUGUUUAAGCCUAGGCUGCCUUUGCUGGUGGAACAUAGUUUGAAGUUUGAUUAAGUGUAGUUGCUUGUCAUGUAAGUAAGUGUUUUUGGUCAAAACUUUGUAACCUUUUCUUCAAUUAAUUUAUUAAAUUUUACAAUCUCAUAAAUAAUAAGAAAUAAAA